AUGAUCGCAGUGCUUUAUUUGUCUUUUCUGACCAUUCAAAUAAUGCGCACCGUCAGUGAUAAUAGUUUUGGAAGUAAAAAUACGGAUGACGUGGUUGCAACUCAAGCAUAUUUCUAUACGGAGAACCCUCCAACAUCGCAGAGAUUGGCUACCACGGAAAUACUUGGCAAUUCAACGGACACACCUAUGGAAAAUGGUUCAAAUAAUUAUAACUUUGGAAUAUCGGGUGGCGAUGUGUCACGAGCUAACACUAGCGAGUCAAAAAUACCUGACUCAGAUAUAUACUGUCGAUUUCAUGAGUUAAGAAUGGAAAGACUUCGUAAACAACGUCAAUCUCAUAAUGCCUACAACUAUAUACACUAUAGUGACAGAAGUUAUCUAGGUGAGGAUGUUGAUCCAGAAAGUGUUAAGACAAAUAGUUCUGAAAGUGAGAAUAGAGUGAAAAGUAAAAUACUAAUGUAUAAACAAUUGGCUGGGUUGUGCAACAAAGAAGAAAAUGAUCGUGUGAAGUAUUAUUCUGGAAUAACUACGCGGAGAAAAAGAUUUGAAAAUGACCUGAGCGUUCAAAAUAAUAGUUCAUACAAUAUAAUAUACGAUGAAGGAAAAAAUGUACCAGAUGCCCAUAAUAUAACACCGCACAAUGAUAACACGCUUUCCUCUAAAGAUAACAGAGCAAUUGCAGCACUGGAUACUACUCCAAAUCGAAACUGGAGUAGCACUAAACAGCCUGAAACGGAAACGUGUACUUUUGGGACGAUAAGCGGUGUGCAAUCGAGAAAGGAAAGUGAAUUGAUAGCCCUUGAAAAAGUUAUUGCUGAUAUAUAUCACAUUAUCGAUAAUUACUAUAAAGGUAAAUAUGGUGCUUAUAAGAAUAGAACAACUGCAUGUCGAUAA